UAGCCUUUCCCCAAUGACGAAGUCUCAGAAAGUCGCCCCAAGUAGCCAUGACCGGACGACAUAGAGUGAGGAAGAAUGGGAGACUGCUUCAGCAAAAGCACGGAGACUGCUUCAUUCACGCCCCGUCGAACUGGCUCAACUACUGGCCAAUCUCACUCCCCAGCGAAAAUCUUAUGCUGGUAAAGGUGACGCUGGAAGACGGAAAUCAUUUUAUCACCUCAAUAUCCCCCAAGUCACUACCACUGGUACCAACAGGUUUUGGAUACUCGCGAUCUCCAGCUAGAGAUUUAGAAAUUGACACAAACUUUGCAAGACUCCUUGGAAUAUCUGCUUCUUAUGGGACAGAGGUUCUGGUGGAAGAAGUAGGUGACAUUGAGAGGUGCACUCAUCUCUGUCUGGAACCCUUGAUCCCUGAACACCUUGACAAGCUUGAGUCUAACCAAGGAAAGAUAGAGUUCGAGCUGUUGAACAGAAUCAGAGUAGUGUCCGGGCAAUCUUUCAGGUUUCCAAUCUGGAUUGACAACGACAUCAUCCCCGUGAGAGUCGUUUCCUCUGAUCCUGCGGCCACCUGGGUCCUCCUCGGAUCUGAGCUAACUGGAGUACGAGGCGAGGCCGCAACCGUCAUAACAUUCAAGAGGCCGAACGAGCUCUCCCCGGUCAGCUCCUCGGGCUCCUACCAAUCUCCCCCGACACCUGGUCCAGCUGUUAGUGAUUCUCCCCACAGUCCUGCCUGGGGACAAGGGCAGGGAAACUCAGCUGAGACCUCGCCCGACGGUGACAUUGAAAACGCUAGUAUCACAAGUAGCGCCAGCAGCAGAUUGUUUGGGUACUUAUUACGCCCGAUCAUCUCGGCGAUAAACUCGCAGGGCGUGAUUCAGGCAGACGCGGGUUCCGAAAGGUCGUCUGGAACCAGAACGCCGGAACCGUCCGGGCAAUCAGCACCCUCUACCGUCACCUUCCCGAAAAAGUCUCAUCAUCAUAUGCACCGGAAAGCAAAGUCGUUGUCUCAGAUCUCGGAUUCCGAAUCUUCGCCGCGGAGGCUUCCCAAAUACGUCGAUACACCCGAAAUGAACGCCGUGCUCAGAGUACAACCUCAUGCAAUCAGGGGGCCCAGUAAAAUACCCCCGGGGGACAGAAAAUCGGCCCCCUACUGGGACUACUCACAUGCAUUUGACGUGUACAUUCACCCAGCAACGUUCCCAGAGAUAUCGAACCAUUAUUACACCUCCAAAAACCUGGACUCCUUUCUUGUCCAGAUUAAGCCUGCAAAAGCUGCGACGACCAACAACAAAUCGAAUUCUCAAAACCAGAGCAAAAACGAGAGCACGAAUAAUCCAUCUUCUUCCUCCGUGGCCUUAUCUGAUGCACUGUCGAGUCUCACUGAAAACGAUAGCGUUAGUUCGCCUGUGAAUGAAACUGGGUUCGAGUUGCGACAGAUAAUGUCGGUGGUGGCUUCAUCUUUUCAAGACGCGCAUUCGGAUGCGAGCGACGGUCCAAGCAGCGUGAAAUCGGAAAAACCCAUCAAUCUAGUCUUCCCUGAAUCGCUCGUUGUUCGUCUCUGUUUUGCCACGACACUCGUUACCUGCACAGACGGAAGAGUGCGCCCCCUCCCCCACCCCCUACCCUCACCCAUCCCAAAACUGUUUGCCCAGUCCAGCAGUGUACUAACUGUCGCCCCUGGCCACAUUGUGAUGAGCGACCUAGUCCGCCGACAGCUGAGAAUCCCGUCUUGCUCUCUGGUGAGCGGUGAGCGGUGUGAGGGAAGAGGGGCGGCUGCCCGCUGGUUUGAGAUCAGUCACACUCCAUCUCAGACCACUGAAUGA